AUGGCCGGAAUAAAAGCUCUCGUCAGUCUUUCGUUUGGAGGGGCCGUUGGCCUCAUGUUUCUCAUGCUUGGUUGUGCUCUUCCUGUGUAUGGUAAAUACUGGCCGUUGUUCCUCUUGUUCUUCUACAUCCUUUCUCCAAUCCCAUACUGCAUCUCACGAAGAGUUGUGGACGACACAGACUCAACCAGCAAUGCUUGCAAAGAGCUGGCAAUCUUCCUCACAACAGGCAUUGUAAUUUCAGCCUUUGGCCUGCCCAUUGUCUUUGCAAGGGCUGAAGUUAUUGCCUGGGGAGCAUGCGCACUUGUGUUAACUGGAAAUCUAGUCAUCUUCGGGACCAUCCUGGGAUUCUUCAUAGUGUUUGGGUCCAAUGAUGACUUCAGUUGGCAGCAGUGGGCACAUGCAGGAGGAGUGUCGUUUUUUUACAGUCUGUCCUCUGUGGCCAUAUGGAACGCACCCGCUUUCCCUCGAGGGCAGAGAAGGCACAAAAGCUUCAGCAGAGCAGCUCCAACUUGUCCAGUUUGCACACAGUCUUUGGGUUCCACACAGAGCAGCAUGAGGAGGUUCUUCAGAGCGCACCGGGAUGAAGACUACAGUCAGAUCCAGUAUUUGACAGCAAAAUGCACACGCCUGGCACACGACAGAGCGCUGUUGGACAGAGAGUUUGUGGUGUCCAGAGAAAGAGAGAGAAACCUGCAGACUGAUCUGGAGGCUGUGUCCACUCGGCUUCUUCAACAAGAGCAGCUGAACAUGGAGCUGAGAAUGAAGCAGGACCAGCUCCUGAGCCGCCUCCAGCAGCAGCAGGAUUUGGUGGAAGUGCUGCAGCAGCGCCUGGUCCUGGUGACAGAAGAAAGCUCUGGAGACGUAGAGCUGCUGCGACAGGUGGGCUCAGAGCUGCUGUUUCUGCAGAGCUCUGAGCUGAGGCUGCAGGGUCUGGUGGAGGAGCUGCACACAGAGGCCCACCACAGAGCCACCAGGGUCAGCAGUCUGGAGGGCCAACUCUACAGCGAGGCCAAGAGGAGGGUUUCUGUGACCAGGAGCCUCCAAGAAGAGCUGCACAGUAAAACGUUGCAGUUGGAGAAUUUGCAGGAGACAAACCAGAGUCUGGUGCAGCAGCUGAAGGAGCAGCACAGUUCUCAUCAGAAAGAGGUGCAAAAGCUGCAAGUGGAGAACGAGGGAAGCCUCCGAAAGCUCCAGGCCACAGCGGAGCAGUUUGAAUGGCUCUGUCAGCAGCAGAGACACUGGGUGUGUUGUGUCAAAAGGUUUAAAGAUGGUCUGAUGGAGGAGAGGGACGCACUUCUGCAACAGGUCAAACACUUACAGAAAAAGAUCCACAAGCGAAAGAAAACGUUUACAGAAGACAUAGCGGACCUGCGCUGCCCCCUACAGGAAACACGCUGCUGUGACAGUUUAUCAGCGUGGGACAAGGACGCAAUGGCUGACUUGGAGUCUCAUAUGGAAAAAUCAAACAUACUCUAUGACAAGCUCUUCAGCCAGACGUGCAUUGCUGACCAGAAAAAUAAAUAA